UGGUAACCAGGGCCGGUUAUCGGAGCAGGAGGACGUGGUAACCAGGGCCGGUUAUCGGAGCAGGAGGACGUGGUAACCAGGGCCGGUUAUCGGAGCAGGAGGACGUGGUAACCAGGGCCGGUUAUCGGAGCAGGAGGACGUGGUAACCAGGGCCGUUUAUCGGAGCAGGAGGACGUGGUAACCAGGGCCGGUUAUCGGAGCAGGAGGACGUGGUAACCAGGGCCGGUUAUCGCAGCAGGAGGACGUGGUAACUGUGCCAGGCUAUCAGAGCAGGAGGACGCCAGCCUGUGGCAGGGAGGCUGUCAAGUUAUGGCUGUGGAGCUGGAUGUCUUUGUGGGGAAUACGACGCUGAUCGAUAAGGACGUAUAUCAGCUCUGGCUGGACGGGUACUCAGUGAGCGAUGCUGUCAGCAUUCGGAUCCAGAGCGGUAUCUUGGAGCAGGCGGGUGCCACGCCUGACGUGCUGGAGAGUGACACCAUGGACCACUAUCGGGCCUUCCAGAUGUUAGAGCGCCUGCUGCACAGCCCCCCCAAACUGAUCAACCAGCUCCUCUUCCAGAUCCCACCGCCCAUGCAGGCCAUGCUCAGCGAAAAGUACUACACCUUUGAUGAGCCGUUUGUGCGGGAGGUUCUGGGUAAGAAACUGUCCAAGGGGACCAAGAAAGAUCUGGAUGAUGUCAGCGCAAAGACAGGGAUCACUCUGAAGAGCUGUCGGAGACAGUUCGAUAACUUCAAGCGCGUGUUUAAGGUGGUCGAGGAGAUGAAGGGCCCACUGGUGGAAAACAUUCAACAGAACUUCCUGCUUUCAGACAGGCUGGCCAGAGAUUACGCUGCCGUUGUCUUUUUCGCCAACAACCGGUUUGAGACCGGCAAGAAGAAACUGCAGUACCUGACGUUCGAGGACUUUGCCUGCUGUGCUGAGCAGCUCAUUCAGAACUGGACGCUCGGAGCUGUGGACAGUAUGGUUGAUGAUAUGGACGUUGACCUGGACAGAGAGUUCCUGCAGGACCUGAAAGAUCUCAAGGUCCUCAUCACUGAUAAGGAUCUCCUGGAUCAACACAAAAGCCUGGUGUGUACAGCACUGAGGGGGAAAGUCAGCACCUUCUCUGAAAUGGAAGCCAACUUUAAGAACCUCUCUCGGGCUUUGAUUAACAUCGCCGCCAAGCUCAUCCACACCAAGGACGUCCGCGACCUCUUCAUUGACCUGGUGGAAAAGUUUAUCGAACCGUGCAAGUCUGAUCGCUGGAGUAGCAACGACGUCUGGGUCUUCCUCACGCAGUACACCAACGCUGCCCGCGCCCUCGACGCCUUCAGACACCAGUGUCUCUGGGAGCGAUACAUGGGCACCAUCAAAAGCUGCAUCAUGACGAUGUACCACGACUGAGGGUCCCUCGGGUCUCCUGACCCCCCCUCCCCACCCCCACCCAGCGGGGGAGGGAAUGGCGGUGAGCUUUCGCCCUGACGUAGGGAAGGAGUGCCCCCUUCUGGACAGCGGUCUGUUGUGCUUCCCGCCAGGAAGAUGCUGCUUGGAUCUCGCUCCUGAUGUUUCCUGUUCGGUGGGCGAGGGGGUGGUUUCGGGGCAGGACCUGGCGGAGAGAGCCACAUUGUUUUCUUUGUGAAGCAAGGGACCGUCUCCGAAAAGGGACGUUAUCCCUCGAGGUUUCCGCCCGCCCCUGGGCUCAGCUCCUGGUUGUACAAUAAAGCUCUGGGUUUGUUCUCA